AAUACACCUUUAUCAGUGUAUUGUUAUCAGUGUUUAGUCAGUGUUUACAGGAUUUGCAACCCUGGUCAGAUUUAAAAAAUAAAUGUAAAUGUGGGAUGCGAUUUAAAAGAAAGAGGUCUUGAGAAGAGAUAGUGUGUAGAGGGCGCUGUUGUGUGCGGAGAAACAGGAGAGGUGAGGCGGGCCAUUUGGAAAAACGAGCCGUAACAAAAUAUCAACAUUGGAGAGAGACAACACCAGUAAAGGUAGUGCACUCGGAUCAACUGUACGUGGUUAUUUGCGUACGUGUACUUUACCUGUUUCCCCAAAUUAUUAUCAGCUUUGUUUAGCAAGACAGCUAUAUAGUUCCUUUUUUUGAUGGAGUAGAACGGGCGAUAAACUCAUCCUUUUUUGGUUUGAACUAGGUUUGCACGCUUUUUUUUCGUGCAAAAUGACUAGUGCCAUACGGUAACCGGAGGAGGAAAAGCAGUGUGGUUUUGUUCUACGGCCGCCUUAGCCAGCUGUGUGAUUGUGAAGAAGCCCCGAUCAUUCCUCCUCCUGCCUCGCCAGGUCCCUGGCCUGGUCGAAGCUGUGGCUUUUUUAAUUGGCUUUGGUGGUAUGGACGGACAGGCUGCCUGAGAACAACAAAACAAGGAUUGUAAGUGACGGUCACCAUGAAUGGAUACGUUUCUUCAGAUUACGCUGUCGGGGGGCUGAGGACCUACUCCGCACCCACCAAUGGAGUUGGUUCCCAUUCUCCUGAGCUCUCCGGAAUGGACACAGCCUCCACUAAAAACAGUGCAAAGGACUUGUACGGGACGGAUGGGCUAUACUUCUUCAGAUCUUCGUCCAAACAUAAAAAGAAAGAGCAAAGGAAGAACUAUGCGAGGAACAGCCUUUCCAGCAUGACAGAAACCUCACAGUACCGGGUUGAGCACUUGACCACCUUUGUGAUGGACCGUAAGGAGGCUAUGGUGACCAUGGAGGACGGGCUUCGGAAGCUGAAGCUGCUGGACGCCAAGGGGAAGGUGUGGACCCAGGACAUGCUGCUGCAGGUGGACGACAAGGCGGUCAGCCUUAUCGAUGUGGAGACCACGAACGAGCUGGAGCACUUUCCCCUGAGCACGAUCCAGCACUGCCAGUCUGUGAUGAACGCCUGCAGUUACGACUCCAUCUUAGCGCUGGUGUGUAAAGAACCGGGCCAGGCCAAGCCAGACCUGCACCUCUUCCAGUGCGACGAGAUCAAGGCGAACCUGAUCCACUCGGAUAUCGAAAGCGCAAUCAUUGACAACAAAGGAGGGAAGCAGAAGAAAAGGUCGGACACGCUCAGGAUGAUUCUGAAGAGCGACAGCGCCAUCCCUCCGCCCCCCUGUGCCCCAGCCCCGGUCCCCCCUGCCACUGUCACUCAGGUGGAUGUGAAGAGCAGGGUGGCAGCCUGGUCAGCCUGGGCAGCUGCUGAGAACCAGGACUGUGAUAAGCAGAGGAUGGUUCCGGAGCACGAGGAGACUGUGGAGAUGAUGGGAGCGCGCGUGGACCGUGAUGUGCAAAUUCUAAACCAUCUUUUGGACGACAUUGAGUAUUUCGUCACCAAACUUCAGAAAUCAGCUGAAGCGUUUUCUGAACUGUCAAAGAGGAAGAAAUCCAAGAAAAGUAAAAAGAAGGGGCCGGGAGAGGGAGUCCUGACUCUUCGGGCGAAGCCACCGACUCAGGAACAGUUUGUCGACUGUUUCCAGAAGUUUAAGCAUGCCUUCAACGUGCUGGGCAAAUUACAAUCCCACAUUGAGAAACCAAGUGCCCCCGAUCUGAUCCACUUCCUGUUCACACCUCUCAACAUGGUGAUCCAGACCACAGGGGGGGUAGAACUGGCCAGCAGCGUCCUCAGCCCCUUGCUAACGAGAGACUCUGUCGACUUCCUGCACUCCUGCCUCACUCCGGUGGAAAGGCAGUUGUGGGUGUCUCUCGGCGAUGCCUGGACCAAACCAAGGAGUGACUGGCCCAAGGACCACUACAUCCCCACCUAUGUGCCUCACUUCCGCAACGGCUGGGAGCCGCCCCUGCUGAACUUCAUGGGGAGCCCACGGGAGCAGGACCUCCACCAGCUGGCAGAGUCUGUGAGCCAGGCUGCUGAGCACCGCAGAGAGGAACAUCGCAGGCUGUCCCUCGAGCAACCCAGUGUCCAGGACUUCCCUCCAGCCGAUGGGUAUGCAUUCAGUAACACAGUUUUCAAACGAGGGCCUCCUCUGGACCAGGAGUCGGCCGUGGCUGCCUUUAAGCAGGCGGUCAGCCGGCAUGUAGAUAGAAAUUAUGAAGCCCACGGGAAACCUCAACCAAAGAACUUUGCCAAAUCCAAGUAUGACUUUGUAGCGAGAAAUGGCACUGAGCUAUCUGUGUUGAAGGACGAAAUCUUGGAGGUGCUUGACGACAGGAAGCAGUGGUGGAAGGUUAAAAACGUGAGCGGUGCUUCUGGGUACGUGCCAAACAACAUCCUGGAAAUUAGCAGAGCAAACCAGGAGCUGGGGGUCGGGAGAGCGGACCCCUUGUACAGCCACACCAUCCAGCUCCUGAUGCCAAAGAAGGAGUUUGAAUUGUUCAAGCAAUUACUUGGAGAGUUAUCAGAGAAACAGAAGACAGACCCGAAACAGCUGAACCCCAUCCCCCCAGCCCCCUCCCCUCCACCGGCCCCAGCUCCACUCCCCACCCCUCCCCUGGUGCCCGGGUGGCGUCCCCCCGCCAACGUGAGCCGACAGAACAGUAGCAACUCGAGUGACAGCGGGAGCGUGGUGCUGAGAGACAGCCAGCGGGACAGGCAGCUCCCAGUCAACCGCAGGAAGUCUCACAUGGAGGAGGUGCAGGACGAGCUCAUGCACAGGCUGACGAUCGGGCGCAGCGGGGCCCCCAAGAAGAUCCAGGGGCCCCAGAGAGGCAGCAGUGUGGGGGGGCCGGGGGUCGACCUCUCGUACAGCUCCCCCCCGGAAGAGGUGAAGGCAUGGCUGCAGGCAAAGGGAUUCAGCCCUGUGACCAUCACCAGUCUGGGAGUGCUGACUGGGGCCCAGCUCUUCUCUCUCAACAAGGAUGAGCUGCGGACGGUGUGCCCAGACGACGGGGGUCGAGUCUACAGCCAGGUCACCGUGCAGAAGGCAGCUCUGGAGGGCUCGAGUGGCUCGUCGGAGCUGCAGGAGAUCAUGCGGAGACGACAGGAGAAGCUCAGCUCAGUGGCCUGUGACUCUGGGGUGGAGUCCUUCGACGAGGGAAGCGGUCACUAGAGAGCCGUGUGUUAACCUUCCCUUCCUGUGCAUUGUGUUUUAGGACGUGAUGGGUGGGACGGCCGCUUUCACUGACAUCGUGCGCCAAGAGCUGCUGGGUCAGUGACCCCCGAACCAUGUACACUGUAGCUUACCUGGAGAGCAAAUGCUGAAGACCAUUAUUCAUUUUGGAAAUUGAACACAUACCCUGGCUGAAGACUUUUGUCCAAGUAAAUAAAAGCACAAGUGAAAAAAGGGUAGUUAUUGCAGUAAAUUAUAUGAUUUAUUGAUUGCCUAAGAUUAUUAUUAUUAUUGUCGUUGUUUAUUAUUUACAUUAGACAAAAAGUAUAUAUUUUUGUGUGCUUUACGUUGAUUCUGAGGAAUGCCAAAAAAUAUAUAUUUAAGCAUAAGUUUGACUAGGCUGUAGCUAUGGAAAGUCUUCAGUAUACAAAUGAUUUUUGUUUUUUUAUAUUAGAAAUAUGAAGUGUGGGCCCCUUGGCUUGGACACAUCACAAAGUCGUUGUAUAUUAAGCCGCUAAGAAUGUGGUCUGUGCGCUGUGCUGAUUAGGACCCCUUCGUCAAUCUCACUGCAUUACAUGUUAUCCGUUCAUCAUGGCAAAUUAAAACAGCUUCGUGGCACUCCAUAAAAAAAAUACAUUCCUUGUGUUGUUUCCCUGUUCCAUAAUCAGAUUCAAUCAAGGCACCUCCUUUGUUAAUGCAAGUUUGUGACACACUUGCAAACACAGUUUAGGUUAAGUUCAUAAGAAGUCAUCCUUGGUCUGACAGUUUGAUUGACUUGCGUCAACAAAGUGUCACAAAGCAGCUCUGUAUUGUUUUGAUUGAAUCUCUCAUUAUCUCUUAACUGUUAAACACUCAAUACUGCUGGAUUUAGACUAGAAUAUAUUUUUCAAUGUGCAGCAAUGAAAAAUAAAUCUCAUAUUGCACAGCAGUGUCACCCAUUCCAGGUUUUAGUAUGUGCUUGAUUAACACCAGUGUCUAGGUAACCAGCUCAGUGUGUCUUAUUAAACUCGCAGUAAAACCAGGUAUGGAUCAAACUGCUAUGCAAUGGGAGUUUUAUUGCCAUCCCUGAAAUCUGUCGGUUUCUUCUUAGGACAGUCGGAGGAUAGGACAAGGGAAGGGGGGAGGUUAAUGACCAAUCCAUAACUUCCACCUUCCCUGGGCAAAGGACUUGGUAGAGCCACAGUGCUUAAACAGGCAUAGUCAAUGGAUCAGGCCAGUAUAACCCUCAGUAGGUCAUCCUUUGAACUAGCUAACGUUUGAACAGAAAGGGAGUUUUUUUAACACAUGUUUUUAGACAAUAUGAAAUAAACCAGGUUAUUAAAUUGCUUGAAACAGGUAGUUUGUGGGGGUGUUGGACACAGAUGGAAUUAUUUUUGACCAAAGCUCAUGGCAGUGUAGAUUAGGGAUAUUGAAACUGUGGUGCUGUCUGGAUUUGAAUGGUUUCACAAACUAAGGUGUGAUCGUUUGAGCGGCCCGCUUGUCUGCUAUGCUGAGGUGAACCCUCCCCUUUGAACAUUCCUGCCAGAGCAGUGUUCUCUCUGCGUUCCUGCAGCCAGAUGUACCUUCUUGGCACCUCCAGCACACCCUGGGCUGCCCCAUGGUCAAUAGUCAAUGCCCACAUUGCUCAAGUUUUAUUGUGAUAAAUCUAUUGUGAGCGGUCAGUCCCAUUGUGUCACAGCAAGCUAGCGGAUGGAAUGGAGCAGUGAGGGAUUGGUCCCAGGGAAACUAAGCAUACAGUAAUUGUCUCCGAUUUUGUACCCCCUUACCGCAGACAUAUUUUGAGUUUUUUGUUAAAUAAAACCCAAAGCUUGGUGUACAAAGUGUACUUUUUUUUCUCAAGUUUCUGGUGUCUGUUGUAAAUGUGUUCUUUAGAAAAUGAUUUUGUUUGUAACUUGAUUAUUGCACCCCUCCUCUAUUUAUGAUAUGAAAAAUGUAAAAAAAAUAAAUAAAAAUUAAAUACAUUGUUUGAAAACUAGUAAAUGUUUUUUGGAGACAUAGCUUGUGAUUUUUUUUUUUCCCCCCCAAAAUGAAAAUGUGCAAUCUGUUGCUUAAAUGAAAAGGUUAAUGUAUAUUUGAGAACAAUCCAUGGAGAAUGAUUUGUAAUUGUAUUUGUAUAGUCUUUGUGGUGCCUUUUUUCUCCCAUAUGAUCCUGCUGAAAUUCUGCAAUAAACAAACAGUAUUCU